CUCCUUGCUUCCUCCUCCUCCUCCUCCUCCUCCUCCUCCCGUUGUCACUCACUGCUGGGAAUACACGCGUUUCAUUCACCGGCCUGGUCUCGCUCCGACAAGACAAAAAAAAAAAAAACACCCCAUAACACAGCACACCAUGAGCGCAGUCGACUUUCUGGCCCAGGAGAAGAUCUGGUUCGACAAAACUCGCUAUGAUGAGGCAGAGAGACGCUUUUAUGAGCGCAUGAACGGCCCCUCACAGCCAACACAGGAUGUUGGAGCCAACACCAUUCUGCAAGACAUUGCACGGGCACGGGAAAACAUCCAGAAAUCUCUUGCAGGACUGAAGACUACACUGUGUAAGAGGGGGUCUGGUCAACCUUCCAUGAGCCAACACUCCCAGCUUAGCACCAGCAGCACCAGCGCAGCUGAUCAAGGAGAACUCGUCUCUCGCAUCAAGAGCCUGGAGCUGGAGAACCAGAGCCUACACAAAGUGGUGGAUGACUUAAGGGCAGCACUUUCAAAACUGGAAUGUCGGGUAGCGGUUCUGGAGAAAUCUCCUGUGGCUGUGACCCCAGCUCCCGCUCCCUCAGUCCCCUACACAAACGGUACUACCGUCCAGAAGACCAGCGCCCCUGUUAAACAGGAUGACGACGACGACGAUGAUGAUAUUGACCUGUUCGGCAGUGAUGAAGACGAAGAGGCAGAGAAACUGAAAGAGCAGAGAUUGAAAGAGUACGCGGAGAAGAAGGCCAAGAAGCCCACUAUCAUCGCCAAGUCCUCGAUCUUAUUGGAUGUCAAACCUUGGGAUGAUGAAACAGACAUGGUGAAGCUGGAGGAGUGCGUGCGCUCAGUACAGACUGACGGCCUGUUAUGGGGCACCUCCAAGCUGGUUCCUGUGGGUUACGGCAUCAAGAAGCUCCAGAUCGCAUGUGUGGUGGAGGAUGACAAGGUGGGAACGGACUUGCUGGAGGAGGAGAUUACCAAGUUUGAAGACUAUGUCCAGAGUGUCGACGUAGCAGCUUUCAACAAGAUCUGAUCCCAGCAUGUCUCUCUCUCUCUCUCUCUGUCCUUCAUCACGCCUUGUAUCUCUGCUGAUUAUGUCAACGGUUAACAA